AUUUGAACCUUUUUGAGGGUACAAAUCUUUCAUUUGUUAUUGUUUUUACUUUGUAAAAUACAAAAAUAACAAGUUGUUUAUAGUUUUCCAGAAUAAUGGACAGCUGACUGAGUCGUUGCCACAAAAUAAAUCAUAAUUUAAACAAUUUAACAAAAUAACUUAGUUAAAAAUAGCUUUAAGGUGCUAAGAAAGUGAUAAAAUGUCAAAUAAUGACGAAAAUCAUCAAAAUUCAGACAUAAAAAUCAAAGACGAACCAGUUGAAGAAUCCAGCACAUCAAUCCACAACCAUAAUCUACAUCCAUUCAAUAUAAAACAAGAACCAGAAGAAGAAUUUGAGCUGCAAAUUCCAACAAAUCAAGAAUUUAAUGAACAUGAACAACUUGAAGAAGCUCGAUCGUGUAAAAAACUUGUGAUAUUUCCAAAAGAGUACGUAAAAGCAGCACCUUACAUGUGUCAAACGUGCAUGAAGCGAUUCAGUGACAAAAAGAUCCUCCAGCAGCACAGAACGACGCAUGAAAAGACGACAAUUUGCGAAAUUUGUAAAGUUGAAGUUAAACAAAAUCUUUUAAAUUCUCACAUGAAAACUAAUCAUGUGUUAAGGAAGAGCUUUGAGUGUCCGACUUGUCACGCACAGUUUAAGGUUGAAACGAAUCUUCAGCAUCAUGUGAAGAAGCAUGAUAUGAAAUUUGUAUAUAAAAUUGAGAAAUAAUAAAUUUAUUUUUAAAAUCUGUUGAA